GACGAACCUUACUUCACUCGGCUAGUUUUUUGGCCAAGACUUUUAGUGAUGCAGGGUUAAGAUCCAGGUGCAACUUCCACCUCGCGCCCCCACUCUGAUAUCCAAGUCGAUCUUAUCGGCGUCUCCAUCCGUUAUGGAUGUUCAGGCGACACGUCCGCGGAUUGCGGCUGGGCCAGAUAUAGCCGAAUUGAUCCCAGCAACUUCUGGCAAGCCCUUCAUCACAUCGUCCUGCCCUUCCUUUAGCCUUUUACCUCUCCAGCUCUUGAAGACAAGAGUGAGAACCAAGUACCAGCCCAGAUUGGAGCACGAUGACAGCAAUGGCCGGCAAUCGCGUCUUCGUGAAUGGACGAAUCUUUGCGUCCAGCGAUGCACAGAAAGAGACAACCGACUUUGUUGAUUGUAUGGUACUCGAGGGCGACAAAAUAUCCCAUGUUGGCAGCAGAAGCGAUGAGUCAGUUCAAGAGAUCAUUCAAAAUGGUGCUGCGGUUGUUGAUCUGGAAGACCGUGUCAUCAUACCAGGCUUCAUUGAUGCGCAUACCCACCUCCUUUUCUUUGGCCUGUCCCUGAGAAAGCUGGACCUCACCAACUGCACAUCACUCGGGUUAGUCCGAUCAGCCAUCUCGGACUAUGCCAAAAAACAUCCAGAGAUGCCUCGAGUGCUGUGCCGCGGAUGGCAUCAGCCGAGCACUGGUCGUUUAGCGUUGGCUACCAUGCUAGAUGACCUCGAUGUUCAACAUCGCCCGAUAUACGUCGAAGCGCUCGAUCUGCAUUCGACCUGGGUAAAUACUGCGGCACUAAGGGAACUCCCUCUGAAGGAGGCCAAGGAGCUCGGAAAUCACCAAAUCCCAUGCGAUGAGAACGGAAACCCAACAGGACUGUUCGCAGAAGCUGGACAGACAGACAUCGUGUGGCCUUACCUGAAUGAGAAAUACACCGAAGAGGAGAAGCAAGCAGCACUCCAGGAGGCAUUCGAUGCAUACAUCGCAGCUGGAUACACCGGCGCGAUCGACAUGGCCAUGGACGACAAUUCAUGGGAUGCACUACAACUAUACCGCAAGAGGAACGGCACCCUGCCAAUUCACGUGGCCGCACACUGGCUGGUCCGGCCGGCUGGCAACUUGGAAGCGCAGGUAGAUGCAGCCAUCUCACAAAACGAGCAGUGGCAUCCAUCAUCUACACCAGACUUCUGCGUCGUGGGCAUCAAGAUGAUCUGCGACGGUGUCGUGGACGGUUGCACCGCGGCCCUGACACAGGCCUACCCCGGCCACGCCAACCUCAUCGACCCUCUCUUCACAAAAGACCAAAUGGAAAUGGUCGUCACGAAAGCAGCGCGCGCCAACCUCCAAGUAGCCAUCCACGCCAUCGGCAACGCAGCCAUUUCGCAAGCCAUCUCCUCCAUCGCCUCCGCAAAUACCCCCUCAGGACGGCACCGAAUCGAACAUCUCGAAAUUACAAACUCAGAAGACGCCAAACGUCUCGGUGCCCUCGGCAUCACCGCGUCCGUUCAGCCCGUCCACUCCGAUCCCGCGAUCUUAAUCGACUACCAAAAGCUAAUCGGGCCCCACCUCUGGGACCGGGCAUUCGCGUACAAAGAGUUCCUCGAUAGCCACGCAUGCGUAGCCUUCGGCACCGAUGCACCGACAGCACGACAUUUGCCGUUGCCGAACUUGUAUAAUGCGACGAUGAGGCGGAGUGCGACACAGCCGCAGAUGACGGAGAGGACCACACCGCAUCAGGCGCUUACGAUGAGUCAGGCGUUUUAUGCUGCGACGGCUGGAGCUGCGUAUUCGCGGUUUGCUGAGAAGUGGACAGGGAGUUUGAAGAAGGGGUUGCGGGCGGAUUUUGUGGUGUUGGAUUCGAAGUGGACGCCGGAGAGCUUGUUGGAUGAUACUGUUGCGGAGACCUGGGCGAGGGGGAGGAGGGUGUAUCGGGCGGUGCAGCAAGCAUAAAUACUGUAGCUUGUGUUCAAUAAGCAGGAAGUAUAUGGAAUCAACAAGUACUACCAGUGGUGAAUUCGUUCCGAUUUUCGAUUGCUCAGUUGCGAGCAUGAAGGUAUCUAGAUGAUCCUUGAUCAGCGAGGCUGGAGGUCUUCAAUAGAUCUCAAGCAAUCGUCUGGCGUAGUGAAAACAACAUGUAGUCUCGUAACAGCCUUUGGGCUCCAAAAGAGGUAGACAUAUCUGCUCUGAAUCCUUUCCACAUC